AUACCUGUCUACUAUGACCUUAAAUGCCACCCCAUUCCAUUUUCACUUUCUACAUCUAAGAUGGGACGCUAUGCAGCUGUGUUCUUCAUGCUCAUGCUUGUCAUGCUCACCGGUCCUUUAAUGGUGGCAGAGGCAAGGACUUGUGAAUCCCAAAGCCACCGGUUCAAGGGAUCUUGUGUUAGUAAAAGCAACUGCGCGGCGGUUUGCCAGACUGAGGGAUUUCCCGACGGCUAUUGCAGGGGCUUUCGCCGCCGCUGCUUCUGCUCCAAACAUUGUUAAAUCACCGUCUUGACGGUCGUUUUCUGGCAGUCUCUGGUGGUGUCGGUCGACGGUCAUCAAUUUUCCUGAGAAAAUUAUGUCCUUUAAUUAAUGUGCUUUUUCUGCUCACGGUCUUUGGUGUAUGAAUAAUAUUUAGUGUGUAAUAAUCUGUGAGAUGUUUCUAAUAACACGUUAAGUGAUUUUGUACUAAACAAAAUUACUUUCAUUUUAUA